ACAGAGAUCACUCCUUUACUCUCUUAUGUAAUGUUUUAGUUUAGCCCUCUACGUUUUGUUAAUCUGCAGUGCCUCUGAUCACUGGAACUUAAUGACUUCCUCUUCUUCUUCUUCUUCUUCUUCUUCUUCUUCUUCUACUAGUACUCCUAAACUAAAGUACAAAGUUUUUCUUAGUUUCCGAGGGGCGGAGACCCGGAAAAACUUUACAAGCCAUCUGUAUGAUGCCUUCAGCCGGGAAAAUAUCAAUACUUUCAUUGAUGAUAAACUUGACAGAGGAGAAGAAAUUUCUCCAGCUCUUUUGAGAGCAAUUGAACAGUCAAAGAUCUCGGUUAUCAUUUUCUCUAAACGGUACGGUUCUUCGAGAUGGUGUCUUAAAGAACUUGAAAAGAUUGCUGAAUGCAAGAAAAAGUAUAGUCAGAUUGUAAUUCCCGUAUUUUAUCACGUUGAUCCAUCACAUGUAAGGAAACAAACUGGGGAUUUCGGGGAAGGAUUUUCUCAGCUUGAAAAUCGUUUUAAGGAUGAUGAUCCAGAGAUGUUGCAAAGAUGGAAGACUGCUUUGAAAGACAUAGGCAACCUAUCUGGCUUUGUUUCAAAUAACACUAGGCAUGAAUCAUCACUUGUGAAUGAUAUUGUCAAAGAUAUUCUGAAGAAAUUGAACAAUGAGUGCUCAGAAAUUGACAACAAGAACCUAGUUGGAUUGGAUUCAACAAUUGAACGAAUUGAAAAUUUAUUAUGUAUGCCUGGUGUUUGCAAGCUAGGAAUUUGGGGCAUUGGUGGCAUUGGUAAAACAACUCUUGCUUGUGCUGUGUUCAGAAAAAUUUGUACAAAGUUUGAAGCUUAUUACUUUGCACGGAAUAUUAGAGAAGAAUCAGAAAAAAAUGGGGGAUUAAAUGACUUGCGCCAAAGACUUAGCUCUGCAGUUUUAGGGAAUAAACAUCCCAAUACUGGAGUCACCUUGAAAAGAAGAAAACUUGGCCGUGUACUUAUUGUGUUGGAUGAUGUGACAAAAUUAGAACAAAUGGAAUAUUUAAUGCAAGAUUUUGACUACUUGGAGUCAGAUAGUCAAAUAAUCAUAACGGCGAGGGAUGAACACGUACUAAAACAAUGCGGAGUGGAUCCCAUGCACAUACUCGAGAUGAUGGGAUUAUCUGGUGUUGACGCUUCUCAACUUUUUAGCCAAUAUGCCUUUGGAGAAAACAGCCCACCAGAAGAUUAUAUGGAGCUAUCAUUUAUGGUGGUAGAAUAUGCCAAAGGUGUUCCACUUGCUCUUAAAGUUUUAGGUUCCUCUCUACUUGGGAGGCCAAUACAAGCUUGGGAAAGUACUUUAAAACAGUUGAAAAGAAUUCCUCAUAUGGAUAUUUAUAAGGUAUUAAAAGUAAGUUAUGAUGGGUUAAAUGAUGAACAACAGCAAGUAUUUUUAGAUAUUGCAUGUUUCUUCAAAGGGUGUAAAAGAUAUCUUAUAGAAGAAAUCUUGGAUGCUUGUGGCUUCGCCUCAUGUAUUUAUAUAAAUGUUCUCAUUGAAAGGGGUCUCAUAACUACAAUAUUCGACACCAUCUCAAUGCAUGAUUUAAUUCAAGAUAUGGGACGAGAAAUUGUUCGUCAAGAAUCAACUAAUAAUCCUGGCGAACGUAGUAGGUUUUGGGAUCCCGAGGAAAUCUAUUCGGUGUUGAAAAAUAAUACGGGGAAAGGAACUAUUCGAAGCAUAAGCUUGGAUGUGUCUAAAGCAAGAGACAUACAUUUAAAACCUAAAGCUUUCAAGAAGAUGUAUUACCUGAGGUUCUUGGAAGUCUAUGGCUUCGCGCAUGACAAGAAGGUACGUGGUUUUAACGACCUUACAUCUGAUUUCUCUGAGCUAAGGUACCUUUGUUGGCAUCAUUAUUCUGCCGAAUCAUUGCCACCAAAUUUCGAUCCGGAGAACGUUGUUGCACUGUACAUGACUUUUAGCAAAGUUAAACGACUUUGGACUGCUGUCAAGAAACUUAAUAAUUUGAAACAUAUUGACCUUAGUCACUCCGAGCAUCUACUCGAAUUGCCGAAUCUCUCAUUAUGUCCAAAUCUUGAGACCUUGAUUCUACAAGGUUGUACAAAAUUGUAUGUGGAUUUCUCAUGUAUCUGUGAUCUCAAUAAGCUUGUCGUCUUGAAUCUACAAGAAUGUAAAACCUUUGAAAGACUUCCAAUCAACCCUGGUUGGAGAUCUCUCCGGAAACUUAUUCUCUCCAAGUGUUCAAAUCUCGAAACAGUUCCAUAUAUUCCUGAUAUGGUAGAAGAGUUAUAUUUAGAUGGAACUGGAAUAAAAGAAUUGUCAUCAUUAAAGCAUCUUUUCAGCUUAGAAAUAUUGAAUCUUGGAAAUUGUUCAAAGUUAGAGAGUCUCCCAGAGAGCAUUGGUGAGUCAGAAAAUCUUCUAAUACUUAUUCUCUCCAAUUGUUCAAAGAUCGAAACAGUUCCAUGCAUCCCUACUAGUGUAGUAGAAUUAUAUUUAGAUGGAACUGCAAUUGAAGAAUUGCCGCCAUUAGAGCAUCUGUCUACGCUAGUAAUAUUGAGUCUUAAAAAUUGUUUAAGACUAGAGAGUCUCCCAGAGAGCAUUGGUGAGGUUAAAUCUCUUCAAUGUCUUUAUCUUUCGGGUUCUUCAAAACUUGACAGAUUGCCUAAAGGCCUGGAAAAUUUAAAAGCACUGGAGGAACUUGAAGUGGAGGGAAUUAGUAUAACAGAUAUACCGUCGUUGCCUAUAACAUGUUUGAACAACCUUAUGUCAUUAUCUUUCGCAAGAUGUGGUUUUCAGAAGCCACCGAGUUCCCUACUGUUACAGUUGCCGGCCUGCCACAAACUGGAGAAGCUAAAUCUGGAAGACUGUUGUAUCGAAGUACUACCCAACAAUCUUGGCGACUUACGCUCACUGAGAUUUUUAUAUCUUGGCCGAAACAAAUUUGAGAAUGUGCCAGAGAGUAUUAAAGACCUCUCUAAGUUGUAUCAGCUUGAUUUAAGCAAUUGCCAGAGGCUGAAAUCCUUACCGGAACUUCCAGAGAAGUUACUGCAUAUAGAAGCAAAGGGUUGCACAUCACUGGAAGCAUUAUCAGGUUUGCCAACUCAAUGCCUAAGUAUGAGGACUAACAACGAGGAAAUUAGCUUCAUCAGUUGUUGCAAUCUGAAAGUAGAUUUGACAGCUGCGCUGCCGAAUAUUGAGAGAAAUGCAGAUGUAUGGUUUGGCUCUGAAGAAAACACAACAUGGCUGUCAAGGGGUAACCUGCCAAAGGCUUCUAUAUGUUACCCUGGAAGCAAAAUUCCAGAUUGGUUUACCUUGAGAAGUCAGAAUGGUUAUAUAGAGCUUCCACCAGAUUGGCUCAAUGAUGACUUAAUUGGUUUUGCUUUUUGCGCUGUUGCAUCAUUCCGAGACUAUGAAGAGGCUGAAGCUUUUCAAGUUCGUUGUUUUCUGGUUGUUAACGAGAAGAUCGUUUCCACUGGCUAUUUGUUUAAUGAUUAUGGGCAUGAGGUUAUUGAAUCGGAUCAUGUAUUCUUAGGAUAUGAUUAUGAUAUCAUGGCCUUGGAAUUGCUUACUCUCUGUUCGAAUAGCGAGGGCUACGUGGAGUUCAUUGUUGAGCAUGGAAGUAAGAAUAGCAGAAGAAAAACCAAGUUGAAAAAUUGUGGAGUCAAAUUGUUGUACGCCAAAGAUAAUUAUACGAGAACAGAUGGAAAAGUGGAAAGAGACCGGAGAUUUCCAAUUAUAAAUGGCUGCUUGAGGUGCUAUCUCCAUUGCUGCGUGGAACACGAUGAAAUGGACGAACAUACACCAUUUGAAAUUUUAGAGAGCUGGUCCUCACAUUCAGGAAUUUACGAGCCACAAAUAAGAAGGGAUUAUUUAAUGUAUAUGCACUGCAAAGUGCUUGCACAAUUGAAUCGGAAGCGCAUGGACUGGGCUACACCUAUGUGAAACUUGGAGGUUGAAAUCUUCUUAUAGAAUAGACUGGCUUGAUAUAAUGAGCACAUGCUAAUGUUUUAGCUGGCAACUUGGCGCAUGGACACAUUCUGAUGACUGUCAUCUCAAUGUUUUCUGGAUUUUCUUCCCUGGAAUGACUACUCUGCGUGGACACAUGCUGUUAAUGUUUCUGGUGUUUGGUUUCUCGUUUCUGGACUGUGAAACGAUGCUGAUUGCACUUUAAUUGGGUUGUAAUUUGAAUGUUCUGUUUUGCUUGAAACACUAGUUUAAAUGAAGUUUUUGACUACCUGAUUCAGAGAGUCGAAUAAUCAUAACUAGGGAUAAAUAUGUACUAUCUACUUUUGCUCAAGUUUAGUUUUCUACUUUUCUGGCAGUGAAAUGAUGCUGAUUACUCUAUUCACUGUUGUAAACUGUUAUCACUGGUUCAUUCUGGUCUUCUUAUGAUGUUGUGUUAGGUUAAUUGGUUUGUUUCUUCUAUCCCUACUAAAACUCAAAGUUGUUUGUGUUGACCAAGGUUGAUGUAGCUGGAAAUGGCACGAGAAGUUGGAUUCAAAGUAGUUUGGUCUGAGGGAGCAUGUUGACCAAGGUUGACUUUUUCAUUAAGGACAAAACUGUAAAAAGGAGAAACGGUGUCGUUUCUCUCUUUACCUUCCCUUUUUUGCUUUCUUCCUCCUCUCUUUUGUUCACUCACUUCUUCAUAUAAAAGUGAGUUGAGCUUCUUUGUAACAGUUUAGCUAAUCAAGCAAU